UGAACGGCGACGCGGAGACAGAUGACCCUACACGCGCGCGCCGCGGGACACGGUCACAUUUUAACUCUCGGGUCGGGGACACGAUUGGACUCGGUGAGGACGGCGCCCGGAGCCGCUGCCCGGGGAGGCCUGGUUCCUCGGCGGGGGUCCCUGUCCUCCUCUAGGUCCUCGACAAAGACCCGGCAGUGACUGGGGCUCCGUUCACGCCAGCAUUUUAUAAGCGACAUCUUCAAACUAGGUGAGGAUCCAUUUUAAGAAGAUUUAUUCCUCUGUGAUGGAGAAGUAUGAAAAAAUUGGGAAAAUUGGAGAAGGAUCCUAUGGAGUUGUUUUCAAAUGCAGAAACAGGGACACGGGUCAGAUUGUGGCCAUCAAGAGGUUUCUGGAAUCGGAAGAUGACCCUGUCAUAAAGAAAAUCGCCCUUCGAGAAAUCCGCAUGCUCAAGCAACUCAAGCAUCCCAACCUUGUCAACCUUAUUGAAGUCUUCAGGAGGAAGCGGAAGCUUCACUUGGUGUUUGAGUACUGUGACCACACUGUUCUCCAUGAGUUGGACAGAUAUCAAAGAGGGGUUCCAGAACAUCUUGUGAAGAGCAUUACUUGGCAGACGCUGCAAGCUGUAAAUUUUUGCCAUAAACACAAUUGCAUUCAUAGAGAUGUGAAGCCAGAAAAUAUCCUCAUCACGAAACAGUCGGUGAUCAAGCUUUGUGACUUUGGAUUUGCUCGGCUCUUGACUGGAUCGAGUGACUACUACACAGACUACGUGGCCACCAGGUGGUACCGCUCCCCGGAGCUGUUGGUGGGGGACAUGCAGUACGGCCCCCCGGUAGAUGUUUGGGCAAUUGGCUGUGUCUUUGCUGAGCUGCUGUCAGGGGUGCCUCUGUGGCCAGGAAAAUCCGACGUGGAUCAGCUCUAUCUGAUUAGGAAAACCUUGGGUGAUCUCAUUCCCAGGCACCAGCAGGUGUUUAGCACGAAUCAGUACUUCAGUGGGCUGAAAAUUCCAGACCCUGAAGAUAUGGAACCACUGGAAUUAAAAUUUCCAAACAUCUCUUAUCCUGCCCUGGGGCUCUUAAAGGGCUGUCUCCACAUGAAUCCUGCCGAGAGGCUCACGUGCGAACAGCUUUUACAGCACCCGUAUUUUGACGGCAUCACAGAAAUAGGAGAUUUGGCAAAACAGCACGACAAACCAACAAGGAAGACCCUCCGACAGAGCCAGAAGCACCUGCCGGGGUUGCAGUGCCUCCCUCAGCUGACCAGCGGCGUCCUUCCAGCUCUGGAUAAGAAGAAGCACCACUGUCAUCCCAAGAAGCUGGACUAUCGCUUUCCAAACAUCUAAGGAGCUUGGAGAUUGAUGAUAAAAAAGCAUUACUCGAUAAUUUGAAAAAAUGAAACACACAUUUGAUUGAAAUGACAAUGUUGAAACAUCAUCAGGAGAAAACAGAAGUAACUAACUGGGGGCAGCCACUUGGCAGGAUCUGAAGGGAGAUUCGGAGGCAGACUUCCAUGUGUGAUGGUCGUGUCCAGGACAGCAGGGAAAAAUGUGCUGGAAUUUUCACUUGUGUUUUUGUUGUAUCUAAGUAGCUGAGCUUAUGGACAGAAUAUAAACUGUAUCUAACUACUGCCCAUACCUCCGGCACAUUAGAGAUGUGAAAAAGAUUUGUGCUUCCAUUGUACCAUGUGCAACAAGUGACAAAUGGAUUCCAGAACACCCACAUUUCCUUGGAUCUCUGUUGCCUUGAGUCCUAUCCCCUGCCUUUUCAGAUUGUCUCAACAUCAUAUUUGAGAAUUUUAGUUCUUGAAAUCAAAAUGUUUAAAUUCCGUUUCUUGCUUGCUCUCUUUUGAUUUUUAUAUUUUAAAACAUUUUUUGGAAUAUUUAAGAGUUGCUCGAAGUAUUUAAAAUCAUGGAUUAUCAUAAAAGUGUAGUUUAUAUGCUUACCUAUUUAAUGACAUGGUUAUAGACAUUUCUUACAUAUGCUUUGUCUUUAGUAAAGGACGUGUCUUAGUCCUUUUGCUGGGAGAUGGAUUUACUCUAAUCCAUCUAUGUGGGUCACCCAGUUCCCCUUGCAAACAGAGGCAAGAGGCUCGAUGGCUGAUCAAGGUGAUCGAGGAGGAGAACAAGACCUACAGGCUUCGCACGAACUGGGCCUGUCAGCCUGAAAGUAAUGAGCACUUCCCUCUGUCCAGCUCAGCCUCUGACCUGGAGACAGUGACAGGCAGGACUGCCUACAGUGAUCUGGGUUUUGGAAGACACUGCUUGUGAGCUUUUACUUGGGUCAUGAAAGACAUUAGGUUGUAAAUUGAUGUUUUCCCUGAAAUAUCUUUUUACACUAUAUGUAUGUAUGUCUGUAUGUGUAUCUAUAAACACACGCUCAUGAAUAUAUGUGUGUAUAUACCAUCUUGACUAGAAGAUAACAACUAAUAAGAAAGUAGUCCAAAAUGCUAUUAUUGAGGAUUCCUAGCUUUGAUCUGGCCUGUUGCUCCUAUUCGGAAAGCUUUUUCCUGCCUGUUCCCUGGAUACCAGGCAACAUGGGGCUCGUGUCUGUCUCUUACAGCUCAAUGCCACUUUGGCUGACGUGCUGCUAUUUCUAGCAGUUCUCAGCCGUGGUUUCUGAAGUGGUACGUUACUGUAUCUUCAAAACAUUUCUCCUGCACUCUCAGUUUACUGCUAUGUUGAUUUUCUUCAUGAGAGCAUUUGACCCUGUCCACUCACUGCUAAGUAAUCCACGAAAUUCUGCCAUCUGUUCAAAAAUUCUGGCUCCCCCAGCCCGUUCAGGGAUACUCUGUGGCUCCCUGAUGUCUGCAGCUCCUUGCACAGAGCUGACAGUGGACUGAAUACGAGUCCCAGGAUUAUCUGAUUCUUGUUAUGCAGCCUUGAUUCAGAUGACAAGGAAGGACAUCCAACUUCCGUGAGUGGUUUACAUUUUUUCCUUCUUAACCCAAAACAAUGCACUUGACGAGGCAGAUGACUAUAACUGCCGAAAUCCAGUAGUUUUACAGAAAACCAUUCAGAACAGAAAAGUAGCUCCAGACUAAACUGUGGAGAAUUGCUUGUCUCACCACACAGUAAUCAAACCUGAGACAGAAGUGCUCAUUUUUUCCUCAGGAAUUCUAUUAAAUGUGUGCUUAUGCUUAAUUUAACCAUAUCUGUAACCCUUUCUUCAACACGGAAUCACCAGUUUCACGAGACAGUUCUACAUCCUCGUCUUUGUUUAAUUUACCAUUUUCUGAUUUUUUAAAUGACAGUGGCAACUAUAUUAGUAAAUAGUGUACCAUUUAUGGUGUGUGCUAUUUACAUUAGCUGGUUUCUAAACACAAAUAAAAUUAAUUUUUCUAUCAGAA